UGUUUUUAAUUUUAGUUCUUUUACUUACGUCCUUGAGCUUAUUAUUGUAUUAUUAAGAGCAAUUAAAUAAACCAUUAUUUAUGGGCGUUUUAUAAUUACCCGAGACACGAGAGCUUUAACAUGCCACUAACAUUAUACGCUGUAUCUGACGGACCCCCAUCCCUAGCGGUGAGACAGGCCCUUAAAUAUCUCGAGCUGGAACACACCCUGGUGAACGUAGACUUUGGAAGAGGCGAUCAUAUGACGGAUGAGUAUGCUCAGAAAAACCCUCAGAAGGAGAUUCCCGUAUUAGACGAUGACGGAUUCUUUUUAAGCGAGAGCAACGCAAUUCUCCAGUAUCUGGCAGAGAAAUAUGGCAAAGACGAAUUUUUAUACCCCCAAGAUCCACAAGCUCGUGCGAUAGUUAAUCACAGAUUGUGCUUUAAUCUUUCCACGUACUAUCGAAAUAUCUCGGAACAUGUGAUGGCACCGAUAUUUUUUGAUUACCAAAGGACUCCCCUGUCUCUUAAGAAAACGAACAUUGCACUUGAUAAUUUUAACACAUAUUUGGUACGUUUGGGCACCAAAUACGCCGCUGGAGAUCAUGUAACAAUUGCGGAUUUCCAACUGGUGACUUCAACUAUGUGCCUCGAGGCUAUCAACUUUGAUAUAAGCCCCUACCCGCUUGUGAAAAACUGGUAUGAGAAUUACAAGAAGGAAUAUCCGCACCUGUGGAGCAUCGUGGAAGAAGGAAUGAAAGAGAUUGAGGAAUUUGAGAGGAAUCCGCCAGAUCUGAGUCAUAUGGACCAUCCGAUUCACCCCAUAAGAAGAAAGUAGCAUGGAAUAGGGCUGGAAUUGAAUUUCGCUUUAAGAUAGAUUGGUGUAAAUAAAGGAAAAUGUGCUUUUCAAA